AUGUUUGCCUUUCGAUCACGGUCCGCUGUGACUCGUGUACGGACCAUACGAAGGCCUUUAGGGGUAUGUUCAGUCCUACCAAGGUCAAAUUUUUCGACGGCAGCUCUACUACGCCAGGAAAUUACUGAGGAGACUUCCGCCAGCAAUCCAGGUGCCGGUGCGGCAGAUCCCGAUGCCGACCCGGAACCUCGCAUCCCCUUAAGUAUUCAGUCCGUCUGGUACCGGCCUUUCAAACGUAAGGCGGAACAUGGCCUCCCAGUAUGCAAUCUCCAGAUACGGUCUUACAACGUUCGUAACUUGGAGUUCAUGUGUGACUUUGCCCUCCGCGCAGCCUACUACCUGAACCUCCCGGCGUCCGGACCUGUACCACUUCCCAGAAAGACUGAGAGAUGGACUGUUCCCCGAGGCCAUUUCGUUCACAAGAAGUCCCAAGAGAAUUUUGAGAGAGUCACAUAUAAGCGGUUAAUUCAGAUUAAGGAUGGUCAUCCGGAAACGGUGGAGAUCUGGUUGGCUUACUUGAAGAAGCACCAGUUCUACGGAACCGGUAUGAAGGCGAACGUCUGGGGAUUCGAGGAAUUGGGUGUUGGCAAACGGAUGAAUGUUAGCUUGGACAAUUUACGAGACGUGGCAGCGAAGCCGAAAUGGGCACAUAGCGGAGUCGGAAAGACUCUUGAAACAACUGAGAGGGCUGCGGAAAUUUUGAACAGCCCAGAAUACAAGGCUCUCGCAAACGCGACUGAUGUAGAAGAAGCCGAAAGGGAGGUUCUUCAAGCUGCUCCGCUGGAGACAAUAGAGGGUUUGGAAGGAGCUUUAGAAGCCGAAGUGGAGGAGACUAUACAGAAGGUGGAGGAGGAAGCAAUGAAGGCCGAAGAGUCAAGAGAGGAGGCCGAGGUAAAUGCGGUAUAUCAGAUGGUUGAUGAAACGGCUGAGUUGGAAGAACCGACCGAGCUCAAGGCCCAACCGAUCGGUGAAGUCAAGGCCGAGACACAGACUGAUCCCUUGGGACCUUCCUCUGCGAUAGAGGGCGUCCCUGUAACGACUACUUCACCAGUGGCUGACGUUGCCGAACAGCUUCCAGUAGCUCAAGCUCAGGAGGAAGUAUGCAUACUCGCAGCCUCCACGAUAGAAACUAUGCCAUCAGAGGUGAAGGAGGUGCCAGACCUUCCUAAAGACCCUUCAGCGGAUCAAGCAGAGGAAGUCGUAGCAAUCAUUACACCCUCUGGGACCUUGGCGGCAGCUACAGCCUUAGUGGCAGAUACUCCAAAGGAGACAGCGCCAGAGGAGCCACUUGCCGAAACAAUUAGGGCUACUCCUUUGCCAUUAGAAACCUCAGCUACAGAUCCAGUAGUGGAGACUCCUGCAACAACAGUUGAAGAACCAUUAGGACCCCCCGAAACCGCUGCCCUAGAGGAGGAAUUUCGACCAGAGACGGAAUCUCAGGGCGACACCGCUCAGACGGCUCCAGAAGUUACCAAGGUACAGAAGGCCGAGGUUGGGGUAGAAAUCGAGGUCGAGAAGGCGGCUAAAGAGACAGCCGCUAAUGAGACAACAAAUGUGGAUGCGGUCGAACCGAAAACGGACAAAAUGGGCUAG